AUGAUGAAGACUAUGUCCGGUGGAAACUGCACCCUGAAUGUGCCAGCUAAGAACUCAUACCGCAUGGUAGUGCUGGGAGCCUCCAGGGUGGGGAAAAGCUCCAUUGUCUCACGCUUUCUCAAUGGCCGGUUUGAGGACCAGUACACUCCCACCAUUGAGGAUUUUCAUCGCAAGGUCUACAACAUCCGGGGAGACAUGUAUCAGCUGGACAUCCUGGACACCUCUGGGAAUCACCCUUUCCCUGCUAUGAGGCGGCUUUCCAUCCUGACAGGGGAUGUUUUCAUCCUGGUAUUCAGCCUGGACAACAGAGAAUCCUUUGAUGAGGUCAAGAGGCUACAGAAACAGAUCCUUGAGGUCAAAUCCUGCCUGAAGAACAAGACCAAGGAAUCGGCUGACCUCCCCAUGGUGAUCUGUGGCAACAAAAGUGACCACAGUGAAAUCUACCGCAAGGUACGUUCAGAUGAAGGUGAGAACCUUGUCUCCAGCGAUGAAAACUGCGCCUAUUUCGAAGUUUCAGCCAAGAAGAACACCAAUGUGGAUGAGAUGUUCUAUGUCCUCUUCAGCAUGGCCAAGCUACCUCAUGAGAUGAGCCCUUCCCUCCACAGGAAAAUCUCCAUCCAGUAUGGUGACACUUUCCAACCAAAACCCUUCCGCAUGCGCCGAGUCAAGGACAUGGACGCUUACGGUAUGAUCUCUCCCUUUGCUCGCCGGCCAAGCGUCAACAGUGACCUGAAGUAUAUCAAAUCAAAAGUUCUCAGGGAAGGUCAGUCCAGGGAGAGAGAGAAAUGCACGAUCCAGUGAAGGGGGCUUGCACUUCUGUCUGAAGUCAUCAUCCACAUGCAGUGCCUUAAAGAAAAACGAUCCGUGGAAGCACAGAAUGGGCUUAUGGGGUUCGAGAAAACCCAACAUGGAGAAAGGAUAACUUCCUGUGGAUUCUGCUGAGUCAUGAAUGUAAAUAACAUCAUUCUUGUAAAUGACUGGGAAAAAUCACAUGCUUGAGAUACGAGUGCAUUUCUCUGUCUGUAAUGUAGCUCCUCGUCAUUCCCUAUUUUGUUUAAAGAAUACAGACCUGAGAAGUAAAGACAUUUGAACUUCAUCCUUACAAAGAAAGUAGGCAAAAAAUGCACAAAAGGCAUUAACAGUUACCCAG